CAACUUUCCAAAUGUCAGGCUGACUUUCAUCGUGCCUAUCUCAUUCGUAAAUAUCGCAAGUGCUUCUUCUGUCCCUCCGACAGAAUCGAAGAUGCCGUCGCAACAGUUAUUUGUGCGAUUUGUGUUCAUCACGUUACUGCUUUCGUGGACGUCGAGCACAUCGUUCUUGCCUACUUCGCAUCGGAGAUCACUUCACGAGAAGCUCUUGGAAACACGACGCAAUCCGAAGCUGCUCCAACGCGAGGUCUACCAUAACCCGCAUCAUGAUGCUGUGCAGGCACACCUUUCGGAUCCUGGAUUGACAAAGCUAUUGACUACCAACGCUAAGAAGACUGCAGUCCUUGAAGUUGCACGCGUCGAUGUCUUUGGCCUCCCUUUCUACAUGGCAAACUUUGCCUUUGGCACUCCACCCCAGCCAUUUGCGAUGUUGAUCGAUCUGGGGUAUGGCGGCGCGGUGGUGCGGUCCGUCGAUUGUCCAACACACCACCACCUCAACGACUGCGGUCAACGUGUGUUCGCAUACAAUCAUUCGGUUUCGUCCACGUCGAACGAUAUGGGCCUGAGGUUUAGCGUGGGUUUAGGUGGCCAGACAGCCCAAGGCAGCUUGUUCGGCGACACCAUGCACAUCGUGUCGCUUCAGGUGCAAAAUGCGACUCUCGGAGCCAUAGAUGUCUUUUAUGGUGAAAACUUGUUGCUAGAGAUUCUGGCGGAGUUCUGCGAUGGUGCUAUUGGACUUGCUCGACCGAACCAGACAUCUUCUUCGUAUUACGAUGUUCAAUCACGCCCGAACGUUCUGUACGAAUUAAGGGAAAGUGGAGUGCUAGCUCGCGAUGUAAUGACGUUGAGUCUGCCAAAACGCAACAAUGAUAGAGGAAGCCUCACACUCGGCGAAGAGCCACCGCCAGCGAAAUAUCGCAUUGCACUGAGCGAAGCGUCUGAGAUAGGCGAGGGCUGGAUCGUUGACCUCGGUGGUAUCUAUUUCAAUGGUACUACCAUUCCUUUGAAUAUCUCUUAUACCGCUUCCGCUGCCAUCACUCUCGAACCGGCCUUCGCGAUUGCUCUUCCCAAUGAGAUAGUCCAUACGAUCUUCGACUACCUCGGGGCGCACUCCUCGGAAGAUGGGGAAGGUGGCAUCAUAGAUUGCAAGUUGCGCGAAAGUUUGCCGGACUUGACACUCACUUUAGGCGGCCAGACGGUCACAUUUCCAUGGUGGCAGUACACUGGAGUGUGGUGGUACGAUGGGAGGCCAUAUUGCCUGGUGGAGAUACAGCCUACUUGGGGCGAUGAAGGAGGCGCAGUUCUGGGAUUGCCGCUGCUGAGGAACUUUGAUCUAUCGUUUGAUAUGGACCGCAAUGAGAUUGGAUUGAUUGAGUCUUGAGAUUGCGGGCGCCUUGCCAUUGACACCUCGGCAGCAAGUAGUCGGAUUCAGCAGCGGAUACAGACCGAGUCAAACCCCUUCUAAACUUCUGU